CAGCUUGAUAAAAACACCGCAACGAUUGCAGACCAGUCAUUGUGGCAGACCCUUUGUUCUCAGCCGACAGAUGUGACAGGUGAACAUCCAAGAAUCUGACUGAGGCACAGGUUCAUCAUCCACUACAAUGGUGAACCAGGACCCCACCGACCCCUCCCAUGCCCUCUUUGACCAGUUUGUCCAGACACAGACCUGUAAGGAGGUGCGGCGUACCUUCUCAGAGCUCUGCCACCACCUAGAAGUGGACCCCAGGGACUACCAGAGUUUCUACACCAAGCUCAAGGAGAGGCUCAACUACUGGAAGGCCAAAGCCCUCUGGAUCAAGCUGGACAAGCGGGCCCAACACCAAGAUUACCAGCAGGGCAAAGUCUGUGCCAAAAACAAGUGCCUGGUGCUGGGUGCAGGGCCGUGCGGGCUGAGGACAGCCAUAGAGCUGGCUCUGCUGGGGGCUCAGGUGGUGUUACUGGAGAAGAGGGAUUCUUUCUCCCGGAAUAACGUGCUGCACCUCUGGCCUUACACCAUCUAUGACCUGCGUGGGCUGGCUGCCAAGACGUUCUAUGGCAAAUUCUGCACUGGGGCUCUGGAUCACAUCAGCAUCCGUCAGCUCCAGCUGAUACUGCUGAAGGUGUCUCUCCUCCUGGGGGUGGAGGUUCACACUGGGGUGGAAUUCAAAGGCUUUGUGGAGCCCUCAGGAGCCACAGGCUGGAUGGCCAAGCUGUUUCCUGAUGAUCACCCUGCUGGGAAGUUCCAGUUUGAUGUCUUCAUCUCUGCAGGAGGAGGACGCUUCGUCCCUGAUGGCUUCAGGUGGAAGGAGCUGCGAGGAAAGCUGGCCAUCGGCAUCACAUGUAACUUCAUCAACCAUCACUCAGCAGCCGAGGCCCAAGUGCAAGAGAUCAGCGGUGUGGCCCGCAUCUACAACCAGAAGUUCUUCCGGGACCUGCUCACAGAGAAAGGUAUUGAUCUGGAGAACAUAGUCUACUAUAAAGACGCCACCCACUACUUUGUCAUGACUGCCAAGAAGAAGAGCCUGUUAAAGAUGGGGGUCAUUAAACAGGACUUCAGCGAUGCCAAUCAGCUCCUGGCCCAGGCCAACGUGGACCAGGAGGCUUUGUUGCGUUACGCCCACGGCGCUGCCCACUUCUCCACAGGCCACCGCUUGCCCAACAUGCAGUUUGCCCAGAACCAUGCUGGCCAGCCUGACGUGGCCAUGUUUGACUUCACCUGUAUGCACCGUGCUGAGAACGCCUCGCUGGUCAGGGAGAGGAACGGAAAGAAACUACUCAUGGGCCUGGUCGGAGACUGCCUGGUGGAGCCAUUCUGGCCUCUGGGAACAGGUAUUGCCCGUGGGUUUCUGGCUGCCUUCGACACAGCAUGGAUGGUGAGGAGCUGGGGCAAGGGAAAACCCCACCUGGAAGUCCUUGCUGAACGGGAGAGUAUCUACCAGCUCCUGUCCCAGACCACGCCAGAGAACACCAGUAAAAACUACAGUGCCUUUAGCAUAGACCCGGCUACACGCUACCAGCACGUCAACCUCAACUCCAUCAAGGCCAACCAGUUGCAACAUCUGUAUGAUGUUGAAGACCGUAUUGAUUCAGGCCGACCAACCAAGAAGCAGAAAGACAGGUUGUCUCACCUGCGACAAGAUUCGGUUGGAGCUUUUGAGGAGCUGUUGAAGUGGUGUCAGCAGCACACGGCAGGGUACGACAGGGUGAAGGUGAAGGAUCUGACCCAGUCCUGGAGGUCUGGCCUGGCCUUGUGUGCCCUCAUCAACACCUUCAGACCCCAUCUUAUUGACAUGUCCUCUCUGAAUGAGUCUGAUUCGGUCCACAACAACCAGCUGGCCUUCAGCCUCCUGGAGAGAGAGCUGGGCAUCCCUCCCAUCAUGUCAGCCAGUGACAUGGCCACCAAGGAACAGAUAGACAAGCUCUCCAUGGUGCUCUACCUCACUCAGAUCCAUGAUGCCUUCAACGAAAGGACGCCCACUAAAGAACCUCCGAGCCUUCUCCUGACGCCGUCCAAGACCCUGUCUUUUCAGGCUGUUUUCUUCCUCAACAAGCUCAAGCACAACUCUCUGCAGAGACGCAAGGAGAGACUGGCAGUCGAGACAGAAGAUAAAGCUAAAAGGAUGGGAGAUGAGGAAGAUCCUGUAGCCCCUGUCUCAGCCCCUGAGGUGACCCCUGAACUAAGCCCGACGUCAGGCAUCGGCAGCAAUGAGGAGUGUUACUUCUGUGGCCAGCGGGUCUAUGUGCUGGAGAGGAUCAGCACUGAGGGCAAGUUCUUCCACCGUAGCUGCUUCACCUGCCAGCAGUGCGGCACCACCCUUAGACUGGGCAGAUAUACCUUUAGCCAGAACACGGGGAAGUUCUCCUGUGAGCUGCACUCUGAACAGCUAGAGAUGGAGAACAGGGAACCAUCCCCAUCCGUUAAGGAUACCAUAGGAGAACAGGAGGAGGAGAAGAGAGGUGUGAAUUCGAUCUCCAGUGAAGACCACUCACCUUGUCCCUCUGAGGACAACGAGUACGAUCUAGACUCGGGUCCUCCUAAACCCACGGAGCCUCUGCAUCCUCAGAGUCAGGAAGACCCUAGCAGCAAACAUCCUAACCCUGUAGAGGAGCCCCCGGUCCCACCAAAACCGCCUAUACACGUUUUCACAAAGAAAGGGUUUGAGGCCUGUGAGGUGGAGGAAGAGUGGAAGGAGAGGGGUGAGGAUGCCCCCUCGGAUCCUCUGACCCCUGUCCCAAAACCUCGCCACUCUCGCUCGGACAUCCCUCAGGCCUCCCCUCCUGUAGCCAAACCACGCACUGUCCUCCUCACCCCAAAAAGGGACACGUCACCAGCCUAUGCAGGAGAGAAGGGGUCCCCCAGGGCAGCAGGAGAGAAAGGGACCCCCAAGGCAGCCCCAGCCCCUGACUCCAGGCCGAAGCCGUCCCUGCGGAAGUUGCAGCUGACCGACGAGGAGAAGAACCACUUGGUCAACUUGAGCUUCAGCCUGGACUCUGACUCGGAGACACCCGGUUCUUCCUCCUGCUCCUCUUCCUCAGCCACAGCAGCGGGUCCCUGCCCACCCAAACCCCCAGACGCCCAGGAGGAGGAGGGCUACUGGAGUGGGGGCCCUGGGCCGGGGGGACACAUACGGGAGCACAGGAACCGCCGCUGCUUCAGGAGGAAAGAGGAACCAGCGGGGCUCCAGGGCCAGCACGCCAGGGUCCGCUCCAAGUUCUCCCCCUGGAACCUGUCCUCCCCUCGGCUGGGGAGGGACCACCGCUUCAGCGUCCUCAACAGCCACCCAGAAGUACACUAUGGCCACAGUGUAUCUGAGGAAGAUGGUGGUGGUGAUGAUGAUGAUGAUGAUGAGGAUGAGUUGGAUAUGUUUGCACCAGAUGGCUUGGAUUUAUAUGAUGAUAAGUUCCAGACCAUCCCUUCAGACCCUGUAGAGGCUGAAAAACUGGAGCUGUUGAAGAUGAGGGCGUUGGAUCGACGGGCCAAGACGUGUGAGAUGCAGCGCUUCCACAAUGCACAGUCUAUUCAGAGGCGCCUGGAGGAGAUCGAGGUGACGUUUAAAGAGCUGGAGGAUAAAGGUGUGGUGCUGGAGCAGGUACUCCGAGGAGAGGAAGGCAGUGGAGGUUCCCCUGAGAUGAUCGACCAGUGGAUCCAUCUGGUCCACCAGAAGAACGCCUUGGUCUCUGAGGAGUCAGACCUAAUGGUGGCGUCUCGACAGCUGGAGUUGGAGGACAAACAGAGCAUGCUGGAGAUGGAUCUCAGACGAUACAUGGAGCUGGAUGACUCUGCGAAGACGGCGGAGCAGCAGGCAGAAGAGGACCGUGUGCUACAGGAGAUGCUGGAGGUGGUGGACAUGAGGAACUCUCUGGUGGCCUUCCUGGACGAGAAGCGACUCCAGGAGAUCGAGAGUGACAAGCAGCAGGCCACCUCGCUACUAGAGGCCAAGAGACACUCCACAGCCUCAGCAGGGGCACAGGUGCACUGGGCAUGAGGGUGACAUGGACACUGGACAGUGAUAAAUAUACAUACAUACAUGCAACUGCCAAAAUAAAGGAAACACUUGAGUAAAUGAGGGAUACAAAGUAUAUUACAU